AUGAAUUUUGUUUCGAAACAAUUCUGCCUUUUUAUCCUUUGGGUGAUCUUACACACAGCAAUCCCGUCCUAUUGUCGCAUAUCAAAUUACAACACGGUUAAGGUUGAUAGUGGAAGGCUGUCAUUCCCCCUUUAUGACAUUUUCAGCAACAAAAAGAAUCUACAAAGGGCACACUUUGCUGUAAGGAGGACAAAAUGGAAAGGGAGUAAACAACCUUUGAGCAAACUCUGUAACAUACAAGUAAAAAGCGAGGAUAACAAAUCGAAGAAUUGUUCCCCUACCCAAAAGUGCUUACUUGAAAAUGUAGCUAGCACUUUUAAAAAUGCCAAGGGGGGAAGUUUCCAAGGUGGCCUAAGGGAUGGUCUACACGGGGACGCCCCAAAGAAGUGGCCACAGUUAAGCAAACACACAGAAGGGCGAGAUAAGAAAAAGCCUAGUCUGUGUGACACUGCUAACCGUAUGAAUUAUAGCACAAGACGGGCAAAGGGACAAGCGACCAAGCAUCAAGUACUACACUGUGAUUCAGACCAUCCACAUGAGGAAACUCAAGCACCGAAUGACGUGGAACUCCUGCAGAAGGAAAAAAAAUAUAGCAGACAAAUAUACACACACGGAUAUGAAGAAGAAAAAAAAAUUCGAAAGAGCAAAAUAUUAGUCAUCGGCCUAAACGGAGUAAGUAGCGAAAUAUGCAAAAAUUUAAUCCUUUGCGGAGUGAAGGAAAUAGGAAUAUAUGACAAUGACAUUUUGAGCGUGGAUGAUGUAGAUAAUCUCUUCUUUUGCGAGAAGAAAUUUAUAGACAAGGAAAAAAAAAGCAUAGCUUGUGUGCAGAACAUGCGUAAGCUGAGUGACAACUGCAAAAUUGAAGUGGUCACAAAUGUUGAAAAUGCGGUGCAACACUACGACGUAGUUGUGUCCGCAAAUCAAAGUGAGCAGUUUAACAUAAAACUGAGUAAUCUGUGCAGAGGGGGCAGUGCGAAAAAGGAGAAAAACAAGUUCAUUUGUGUAAAUACAGUGGGUCUGUUUGGGCGUAUUUUUGUCGACUUUGGACAGUUUUCUUAUUCCAGUUCGAACAGCAAUGGCGACUCGUACGAUAUAAGCAAAGUGGAACUCGAGGGCGAUGGUCACGUCGUCCUUCAUCUUCUGCCCAACUAUAGGGACGUCCACCUGAGCGAAAAUGAUGUCCUAAUUCUACGUGUGCAAAAAGGAGAUCAGCAGGUGGUGAAUAUUCCCUGCGAAAUUACAGACGUGUGCAAGAGAAGUAACAAAAUCCGCGUCAACAUUUUGAAAAAAAAAAAUGCAUUGGACACGUUUGCGCGGUGUGUGCUCUCCCUCCGAGUUGUACAGUAUGUAGAAAAAAAGAGCCAGCAUCUCGGUAUCCAUCUGUUUGAAAAAUUGAGGAAGACGCUCCAACGAAAAAGCGGCAAUCAGUGUGUGCAAGAAAUGCUUGUGAAAAAUUCCCCCCGCAAUAUAAGUAUCAACAAAGUGCCUGAACAGGUCAGGUUAAAUUAUCAAAGUUUGGAGGAAUACUUAAAUGGUGUGCAGGGAAAACUAGAUAGGGGAAAAAGCUAUGCACCGUGGUCUCUCCUCAUGGCGUUGUUUAGACGUCAAGAUGAAGGAGACCAAGUGAGCGACGAAGAGGUGUGCUUUCUAUGUUACGAUGAAAUGAUAAAACAUAAGAAGGGGGAGAAAAUAUUCACCCCAGAGGAUAUUCAAGCGUUUCAAAACUGGUGUAAAAAAAAAAAAAAAAAUAUGAACGUUCAGGUAGUAAAUCAAUUUUGUUCAGCUGCACACAUCGAAUUGUCGCCAUUUUCUGCAUUUUUUGGAUCUUUGGUAACGCAAGAAAUUUUAAAAGGUGUAACGGGCAAGUUCAAACCGAUUUACCAGACCUUUUUUUUCGAUAAGAGAGAUUUAUUUCCCUUUUCCAAAAUUACUCACAAGUAUCACGGAAGGCACAUGCAUCAGUUGAAUUUUUUUGGGCCCCAAUUUCAGAAAUUUCUGAACGACCUGAAUGUUUUGCUUAUCGGGUCAGGUGCCUUGGGGUGUGAGUUUUUGAAGCUGCUGGCACUGAUGGGGGUUUCCUCGCGUAGGGACAUAUCCCCUGGGGGGCGUAUCCAAGUGGUCGAUUACGACCUGAUUGAAGAAUCCAACUUGUCUAGGCAGUUUCUGUUCAGUGCAAAAGACGUGGGAAAGUUGAAGUGCCAAGUGGCUGCAGAGAAUGUUAAGAAGUUAGACCCAAAUGUGAACUGUGGUUUUGUGAAAAUGAAGGUGGAUGAGUCCAUCUUGGGGAACCGAGGCUUGCUUCUGAAUUGGUUGUUUUCUAACUCGAUGAGUAAUGACCAAAAGGGGACACACAUAAAUAGUAUUACUUGCAUGGAAGGAACUAAUGGGAAGGAAAAAAUAAAACAAAGAUCGCCUAACAGAAGAAGCACCUCCCCCAUUGUGUGCAUCCUCUGUUUGGACAAUUUCCAAAGCAGAGCAGUGUGCGACACAUUCUGUGUGAUGAACUCCAUUCCAGUGGUCGAAGCAGGCAUAGAGGGUCUGAAGGGAAGUAGCCAAAUAGUUAUCCCCUUCUCAAGUGAGACUUAUACGAGUAACUCGAUCGAGGGGGAAGUCGACCAGGAGGCAAAUAACUCGUGCACGAUUACAUCUUUCCCUAAAAACCCUAAGCAUGUAAUUCAAUUUGCAAGAAGCGUUUACAAUCAUUAUUUUACCGAUAAUGUGAUCAAAAUGAAUAAAUUUUUAAAUGACCCUGUUUCUUUUAUUGGGCAUAUAUGCACCUACGACAACGUGAGCAAUUUGCUUCACUUUUUUAAAUUAACAAAAAUGUAUUUCAAUCCAAAGGUCCACAAAAAUGUACAGCUGCUUUGGGAAAACACCUUUGUGAAAAAUAUUACUCACUUGCUCAAAAACAACGAAGCAGAAUUGCACAAGUACUUUGAAGAAGUUCAGAAGUUGCCAAAGCCGGUUUCGUUCCAUCGGGAAAAUAAAAAUCACUUGCUUUUCUACCAGUGUGCGUUGAAAAAUUUUAAAAAAGUUUUAAAAAAUUUGACAGACGUUUUGGCUAGCGAGAAAAGUCAGCAUAGAGGUGUCUUCUUUUUUAAGGAUGAGGAAGUGGGAGGCUCCAAAUGCCCCUCCUUUGAGGACGCAAUAGGAGAAAUUGUUUCGAAGAAUAAUUUGCGCGUGGAUGUGAAGCGGCUGCUGUAUUUUCUCUCCAUCAUCCGCAGGAAUAGCGAUCAGCAGUUCUAUGCCUCCAUAGAGAAGGAGCUCUUCGGUGUGUUCAACAACCCCGUGUUGCUUUUAGCUCUACGGUGGGUGCAGCAGCAGAGGGGCGAAGCGGGAACAGAAGCAGCAGUGGGGCAGGCGGAUGCCCCCCCCAGCGGCCGCAAAGAAGUCUCGCUGCUCACGCCCCUGAUUUGUAACCUGCAGGACGACAAGGACGACAUCAACUUUGUGUUCAGCCUAACCAAUGUACGAAACGAAAAUUACAAUUUCCCGCAGCUUCCCAUGCUGGAGUUUUUUAAAGUGUGUAACAACAUCGUGCCGUCGAUCGUCACUGUCGUUUCAGCCAUUUCAGCUCUGGCGUCCCUCGAGUUGUACAAGCUGGCCCAUUUGAUGCAUUCGCGUGGGAGCAAAGCCCUAAUGGGAAGGAACCAAAUGGUAGGGGGAGGAGGCCACCUAACCAGCCAGCCGCUAAUGCCUGAGGGAGCCCCCCCCGAGGAUCUAACUCAAUUUCGUGAAGAAAAACUCAAGGACCUAACCAUUUACACAUACGGAAGGAAGGUCUACAUUAGGAAAAACGGAAAAGCGUUGCUCUCUUUUUUUAACGUGCCUUACGAUGAGCUUCAAAUCCUGUCAAGCGCAGUUAACAACAAUUAUGUGAACCUGGAAGAUAAUUUUUUUACCCAUUCUCAGCUCACUAGUGUGUGUCCUCCUUUGUCGUAUGAAAACGCCCCGUCAGAAUUGAUGAGGAAAUUUCAAUUUUCCGUUUGGAACUAUCUCUAUGUUAAUAUUUAUCCUAGAGGGGGAAGGAGGAAGGGCAGUGGAGGGUGCACCGUGGGGGACUGCGGACUGCCCGUUGGUCCGUUCUACUACCGAAGUGGGGAGCAGCACGUGGAGGGGCAGCUGGCCGAGGCUAGUAGGGCGUUGCGGAAGAUGGCGCAGAAAGUGCCUUCUGCGGCGAUCCGCGGCGUGUUGAGCGGCGCAAAUGACGAUGCUGCUAAGGGGGCGAACAAUGUUAGCCUGGAUGACGGCGUGAAAGAGGUAACCAAAUUGGCAGACUCCAUCCUGGAGGACCUCCACACCGUGGGCACCGCAUCCGAAGACGAAGCGUCUCUUCACCAGACACAUGUACACAUUCGCGACAUAAAAAAGAACGUGCAGCUACUGAUGGACCAGAGCAGAAACGCAGGAGGAGAGUCGUCCAAGGCGGAGGUGGAAAAAACACUAGCCGAUUUAGUGAACACUUUAAAAAAAGUGAAAAAAAAUACGGAGAAAAUGAGCAGCGAAGCAAAAGCAUUUAUAAAGAUGAGGAGCAAAGAAACCAGAGAAGACGUCACGUUGGAAGAACUGGUGACUUGUCUUGAGGUUCUCUUCAGUGUGUCCAUUCAGACAAUUGGGGUGAGGGACAAAAUUAUUUACACAAAAUUUCAGUUGCCCUCAUUUAGACACUCUGGAAGGAAGAAACUCUCCGUUAUUUUGCAGGAGCUGUUCAAGGAAGGUGCAAGUGCAGGUGCAGAUGCAGUGGCGAGUACCUACGUGCUGCAUAUCUUCGCUACUGAUAGUGCGGGAAGGGAAGUCAGCCUGCCCGACGUGCAGGUCAAUGUGCACCAGCAUUGA